AUGAAAUGUACGAUGAUAAUGAUUAUUUUAACGCUACUGCUAUCGACGGCGGUGGAAGCUGGGAAAUUACGAACUGCCAAUCAAGUGAAGAGUACAACACAUGCUAAUCUUCGCAAGACUACAAAACGAAACAAGAUUGCAGUGGCCAAACCUUCCACUCCUGUGGAUCGUAGAAGGGGCUCUCGCUCUACAAAGAGGAAGCUCAAGAGCAAGGAGAUUUGGCAUUCACUAGGCCAGGGAGGUGAUGGCGUUGCAGCUGGCAACGUUGGAUGGUCCCUCUCCUUGUCCAGCGACGGGCAUACAGUCGCAGCUGCCACUCAGUUCAAAGCCAACGCCAAGUUUGGUCACGUGGACGUCCUUGGCUGGAACGGAACCGCUUGGAAUCGGGUUGGCAACCGGAUAGAAGGGGAUCCCAUGUCAACUGUAGAGUCGGUAUCUCUUUCCGGCGACGGAAGACGAGUUGCCAUUGGAGAACCAGCCUCCAACGACUUUCUUGGUUGUGUCCGAGUUUUCAAUUUGAAUGAUGACACUUGGUUCCAAAUGGGUGAAUCGAUUCGAAUCGAUGGCGGCGAGGUGCCGACUCGUCAAUUGGUCUCGCUUUCUAGCGCGGGAAAUGUGCUAGCGGUUGGUGCACCUGGUGUAAGCACUUUGCAUCGCAAUGGUCAAGUUCGUGCCUUCUCAUGGAAUGGAUACGAUUGGCGUCCAUUGGGCCAGCCAAUUGAAGGAAAGCACGAUCACGAUCAAUAUGGUUGGUCCCUCGCUCUUUCCGCCGAUGGACAAAUACUUGCAACCGGAGGGUACAACGCCGUCAACGAAUCGGCAAAUGUCGGUGUUUAUGAAUUGACUGAUAACCUCUGGGUCCAAAUGGGAUCCGACUUCCAAGCAGCCAUGACAUCCGAUUCCUACACAGUGAACUAUCUUUCUCUCUCCAGUGAUGGAAAGACAUUUGCACUCGGAGAACCAGGAGAUCCUACCAAGGGCCAAUAUGCUGGACGUGCCCGUGUCUUCCAUUUUGAGCAUGAACGCUGGGCUCAAAUUGGGCAGGACAUCUUCACAGAGUCUAAAGGGAACCAAGAUUCUGGUCAAUUUGGAUACUCCAUAUCACUUUCCAGCCCGGGGAAUAUGUUGGCAGUCGGGGGUCCUACUCAUGCGUCAAACCCUCGUACUGUUGCCUCUGGCCGGGCCGUCAUUUUCAAAUGGAGCGGUUCUGCCUGGACUCAGAUUGGACAAGCCUUUGAUGGGAGUGACGACUAUCAGCAUCUUGGAUGGUCUGUUGCCCUUUCCGAUGAUGGCAAUACUUUUGCCAUUGGAGAAUCGUUCGCUCGUGGUAUUGGCCAUGUGAAAGUCUACCAGAUUCCAAUUUCAGCUACAAGUGUCGGCAGCCAAGGAGAUUUACAUUACAAGACAUGGAAGGGCGACCGCUACCAGCAUCAUGGGCAAUGCGAUAUGCUGUUCAUCAAGGAUGAUAACUUUGCCAAUGGCCGAGGUUUGCAAGUUCAAACUAGAACGAAGAAUGUUCGUUUCUGGAGUUUCAACCGUGCGGCUGCCAUUCAGAUUGGAAAUGAUACACUCGAGAUUGAAGGCACCAUCGAACCCAAUCAAGGGGGCGAGGGAAAUCGCUACUGGAUCAAUGGAGUAUACCAGGGUCCCUUGAAGACUCUUGGUGGUUUCCCCGUCAAGAAUCAAAUCCGAUACCGCACGAGACGCAAUUUUAUUGUUGACUUGGAUUCGGUCUAUCCUAGUCAGAAGAUCGUCUUAUCCACUUGGAAAGGGUUCGUCCGAGUGGAUAUACAGAACGGUACCUAUGAGUCCUUUGGCAAAUCUGUUGGAAUGUUGGGAGACUUUACCACUGGCAAGACCUUGGCCCGUGACGGAUCUACUGAAAUGCAUGCCUUUUUCGAGUUUGGAAGCGAAUGGCAAGUCUUGCCAACGGAAGGAAUGCUCUUCCACAAUUUGGCUGAGCCACAAUUCCCGAAAACCUGCAUCCUUCUCGACAAUCCUCGAGGCAACUUUCAUCGUCGUCUGCUUGAGGAAGUGGAAGCAGAAGAUGCUUGUUCCGAGAUUUUGGAUGAAGACGAUUUCAUUGAUUGCAUCUACGAGACUGUUCCGACGCAAGAGUUGGACAUUGUGGCAGCAGACACAUAA